AUGGCUGUGAUGAAAGUCAAGUUCAACCAGAAGAAAAGAGUAAAACUAGCACAAGGACUAUGGCUCAUGAACUGGUUCUCCUUGUUUGCUGGGAUCGUUGUUUUCUCUAUGGGAUUGUUCCUGAAAAUUGAGCUCAGGAAACGAAGUGAAGUGAUGGACAACUCUGAAAGCCACUUUGUGCCGAAUUCCUUGAUCUUGGUGGGUCUCCUAGCCUCUGUGUUCAAUGGUCUUGCAGGCAAGAUCUGUUACGAUUCUCUGGAUCCUGCUAAAUUUGCAAAGUGGAAGCCUAUCUUGAAAGUGUACCUAGUGUUGUGUGUGCUCUUUAACCUCUUCAUUCUCUUCGUGGUUCUCAUUUGCUUUCUGCUGAGAGGUUCUCUGGAUAGUACAUUAGAACAUGGUCUAAAAAAUGGCAUGAAGUUCUAUCGAGAUACAGAUACUCCAGGAAGGUGCUUCAUGAAGAAGACCAUCGACAUGCUCCAGAUUGAGUUCAAAUGUUGUGGAAACAAUGGUUUUAGAGACUGGUUUGAGAUUCAGUGGAUCAGCAACCGAUACUUGGAUUUUGGCUCUAAGGAAGUGAAAGAGUAAGUAGUUAAGUAUAACUAUUGCUUUAACCCGUGUUUGCGUUCCAAGUCCUACUAUCGGAAUCUCAAGUCAUUCUCAUCUGAAUCCGUUUGGCGCCUCUUGUCUUUUGUGUUUCUUCCUUUGCAAGGGCUGGUAGCUCAGUGGCAGGGCAGCCGUUCUGCAUGCAGAAGGUCCCAGGUUCCGUACCUGGCACCCCCAGGUACAGCUAGCCUAAAACCCUAGAAAGCUGCCAGUCAGUGUAGACUAUAUGGAGCUAGAUGGAUGAAAGAUCUGACUCAAUAUAAGGCAGUUUCCUAUGUUCCAAUACAAAAAGCCUUCUUCAACAUUCCAGUGUAAUGUGUGUUUUCCCAAUGUUUUCUAGGUCAUUUAGUUUUUAGUUUGUUUUUAAAGCUUUAUUGUGAAUGGCUAGAGGCUCAGCUAAAAAAAACACAUGGAAUUAGGGUGUUUUAUCCCUCAAAGGAAGGAGACUGGCAUUUCAAGAUGCCAAAUAUAUUGCUUUGCUGGCUGAUUAAAUCUCCCAGGUUCAUUCGUAUCUUUCAGACCUGGUGCUGUAAUAAAGUAAUUGUGCCAGUUUUGCCCUUAAACGGGAGAGGGAGUAAGGAGGUUCUCCAGCACAAGCCCCACUGAAACGAAGCGAUUAACGUGGCUCUUGUUCAUUUCAGCAGGGGCUGUGCAAGAGAGCUUCCUGCUUGCACUGAGCCCUAACGUUUGUCUUGACCUCUGUUAAGUCGCUCUGUGGCUAUUAUUGGCUUUCUUGGCUUAUUGAACAGAUGGAAUCGUAGGGCUGUGCAAAACGGGCAUGCCUUCAGAGAGACGCAGACCCUGUCCCAGCUGAUUUUAUAAAACCAGCUGGGCAGAUUGUCUUUGACCGUUUUGCAGAUCUCGCAGUCCUUCUUGUUGCUCCCUUACAGCAUGCCUGGACAUUGAGAUGCUUCAUGGGUCUUGCUUCGGAUAGUACGUUUUGCUAGCGAUGUUUUUCAAGUACCGCAUAAUCACUGUAGGUGCUAUGAAGAGGUCUGGGUAAUUUACCGGUGGGAAAACACACACCAAGUAAAAUUAUAGCCAAGGUAAUUUUGCAAAAGAAACCCAACAACAUAGCGGCAAGUACUUUCAACGCUUCUGAAUGUCACAAAAUAAGUGUCGCGCUUGCAGCACCUUUGGAGGUAAAUAGACUGGUGGGAUUUCCUGGCAUUAAAUUCCUCCUCCCACUCACUGCACUUCUUAAUGUGGAUCAGGGCACCACAUGUUUGCUUUUCUCCCCCCCCCCCCUCGCUCCUUUUUGAGAAAAGCUUACUCAAGUUAUAGUUUGGCACUAAAGGAAAACAUGAGAGUUGUAGUCACGGUCCCACACCACUUUCAUGCAGGGACAGAAUCUGAAUAUAUCAAUCAAUCUUUAUUACGGUCCAGAGUCCCAACAAAUCGUUAGAAAGCAAUGCACAAUUCAGACAGCCUACCUCCAGGUUAAACAAGCAUUUUGUUUGACUUAAAGAUAGGGAUCGUUGGUUCUUGCAACCACCGAUAAAAACUUCGCCACUGCUAAUGUUCUAGCGUUUGUCCGGUCUUCCAAUAGGAACCUGACAUAGUGAGCCUCUGAUUUUCCCGGGAAAGGUACCAGCAAGGGUAAUAUCAGUUCAGCCCUGGCUUGCUCAUAUUCCACACAGUGCAGCAAAAUAUGUUUUAUGGAAUCGAUGUCUUGAGCACACGAGCAAAGUCUGUGCUGGUAGGGAACUCCUCUCAACCAGAAUAUAUGGAUAUAGCAGCACUUCCCCCCACUGUUAUACACCACAAUCAGCAGGAAAAAAGACACACACACACCAGGUUAUCAGUUAGCACGGUCUCUGACAACUGCAGAGAUUAAAAGAGUUGUCAAAGGCUAAUCAGUGAAUUGCUGAAAAUUUCAGGAUUUCAUAAAGCUCUUCCAGCUCCUAAGCUUCCCAGCCUGUGGCACAGGAGUGCAGCUCAUCACACGAGAAGCCUCUUUUGUUGCAAACCGUGAAAAGGCAUCAUUCGCGGUGGUGCUUCCCAGAAAUGCCCCAUUAAAAAGAAUGGGCUGGGUUCUUUUUCACCUGCAGUGACCAGAGUUAACAGCCCUUUUCUUCUGUGAACUUUUAUGUGCCUAUAUCAAACUUUAGUUUCCAUUUAAUAACCAAAUAUUAAUCUGUUUCUUUUCGAACAUUGUUGGGCAUAGCUCACUAGGCACACAAGCUCCAUUCAUUUCAAUGGAAGUUCUAGAGAAGAAACUCCUUGUGCAUUGCGCCUGAUGAGACUUUGUAAACCAUGGCUGCCACAAUACUUUCUCUUUUUUCCAAAUCACUUUUAUUGAUUUUCCAAAUUUUAACGAAUCAACCACAAAUUAAAACAGAAUUUAUACGAAUUUUAUGGCUACCGCAAUUCUUGCUAGCUUUUCAUUAAACAAGCAUUUUUCUGGGAUGCUGUAAUGUGUUGCUCAGGAACACCAUUAAAUAGUAUGAUGACAGUAAGGAAGGAAUUCAUUUCCAACUCAAUUAGGUAUUUCCCAAAGCAAUCAGUAAACACACAUGAAUUCCUCCGAUGAAAAGAGCCCCGGAAUAUGUUAGGCAUUAAGGUACCAAUCCUGGCAAAGUUAAUGUGUUACAAUACAGUUUGAUCUAUGUCUACUUGGAAGUAAGUCCCAUUGGCUUCAGAGGGGCCUGAUCCUUGGUAAGUGUGGCCUAAAUCACACUGAAAUCAAUGGGACAAGCCCAUUGCAAUUAAAUUAAUCCCAUUACUUUCAGUGGAAUUUAAGCAUGGCGAAUUAUCUUUGAAUUGGUCCCUAAAUACAAGUGAAAGUGGUAGAUGGAUGGUGAAGUUACAUAUACAGUACAGUGGUACCUCGGGUUACAUACGCUUCAGGUUACAUACGCUUCAGGUUACAUACGCUUCAGGUUACAGACUCCGCUAACCCAGAAAUAGUGCUUCAGGUUAAGAACUUUGCUUCAGGAUGAGAACAGAAAUCGUGCUCCGGCGGCGCGGCAGCAACGGGAGGUCCCAUUAGCUAAAGUGGUGCUUCAGGUUAAGAACAGUUUCAGGUUAAGAACGGACCUCCGGAACAAAUUAAGUUCUUAACCCGAGGUACCACUGUAUUGGAUAUGUUCGUAUUAGUUAUAUGCUAAUGGCUAAGCAAUUACAUUUAAGUAAUUGUAUAUUUAAAUAAUUGUAACUGUUUAUCUUAAAUGAUGACAAAUAUAUAAAAAUGUAAAAUAUUAUACUCAGAUAGCAUACUGAGAUUGUUUUGCUUGGUUUUUGGCAAGUUGUCCUGGAGUUUCUUAAAUUUGUUUCUUUGGCUGUGAUGGUUAUGGCCAGAAUUUUAUUAUCUUUAAGCCACUAGCUAUAUAAUACUGUUAUUAGCAUUUUCUGAACUUUGAUGCAUGCUAUGUCAAAAGUGAUACUUGUUGAAAAAGUGUGGGGAUAGUUUAAGUUGAAAUACCCUUUGAUAUAAAUAACUACUUGAGAGAACCUAAUGAGAUGUUCACCCUUGCCAGCAUUAGCUGAAGAUUUGUGAGCUUGCUCUUAAUCCAUCCAUAGCAGAAAGGCAGGGCAGGAGGGGAAAAACAAGAUUAUGCUGUGCUUAAAAACGUGGGUGUGCUGAAAAAUAUUGAAUGCUGGGCCUCCUUAGACACAGGUUUGGCCCUCAAUCCUAAUGGUGAAGUUAGGUGACAUAGAAGCUCCUCACCACCUUCAUGGGAGUUCACGGAAGGCUCCAUUUAGACCCUUAAGAAAUAGUCUGACAAUUGUAGAAUAAAUGAAUAAAAUGAAGUUCCACAUUUAAGUUUGGAAGUGAGCCCUUUAAAACCGUAUCAGCUGCCUAGAAAACCAUGGUUGUUUUGUUUGUGAGGAUGAGAGUGGAGGUCACAACUAGGCUAUUAAGUGUGCAAUAUGUCAGGGGCUGUAAAUGGAUUCAGGGCUAUUUCAGAUGAAAUGAGGCCAUGUCUCAAUAUCUCCCAAAAUUCACAGAUGAAAACUAGGGUGGUCGUGUGUUCUACUUAAGGGGGAGCAGUCCUUUAGUUGUCUAUUUGAAGUGUGCAAAUUGGGUUUAUAAAGAACCAAGGGAGUAGGGGUCUUCAUGUUGUCCAUACUCACAGCAAGUUGCACUAACAGUUUUAAACAGGUCGGAUAAAAGUGCAGAAAUGGGACAAAACAGGACAGUGAUUAACCAGAGACAUUGCCCUGGUAAAUAGGGACAUAAGUAGGAUAAUGUAAUUCUAAGUCCAUUUUGGCUUGAAACAGAUCCCACUACGUUCAGUAGGGUUUCCUCUUUAGUUAGGGGCUUUAAGAUUGUACAAAGUGUGCUUCCCAAAUUCGAAUCUGCACCUGGCUUUCACUAUACCUUUGUGUUAUAUUGCUCUGUACCAAUCACAAUGGGAAUCCAUCGGUUCAACAUCUCACAGUACCAUUCAGGAAAGAUGAGAGCAUGAGUACAAUAUAUAAAGUCCAAGAACUCCUCCAUUUCCUCCCUGUUCCCCAAUGCACAUUCUUACGCUUGAAUGUUUGGGACCCUUGGCAAUAGAUUAAGGGCUGGCCCAAGGCUGCCUUGGUGGAAAUGUCAGUGGUGACCACCCAUCAUUACCUGGUCAAUUUGCAAAGUACCAAGCCUGGCUCAGGUAUUUUGGCGGCAUCUGAUGGAGAAAAUCCUAAUGGGACCUUUUUCCUGGGAGUAAAAAUACAAUAAUAAUAAAUUUAAUAACUAGCUAUUUGCUGCCCUUUCACAAUACCCCAGAACUGCUGCCAGAGGUGGUUGCCUCACUCUGCCUAACGGUAGGGCCAGCCGUGAAUAGCUUACGAUUACACUGCUUCUUGAGCCAUUAAAACUUGAGCCAUAAUCACAAAUAAAGAGACACUUAAUGCUGACCGACAAGUAUCCCCCCCUUAUCUUCAUGAAAUAGGAAAGAAUAGAAAUAUAAGGAAAAUACAAAGAUAAUAAAGUAAAAACCCACCAGAACAGUAGUUGAACUAGAGGUCUAGACUAGUGUAAUGGUUGAGACUUAACGUCAUCUGCAAGCUUCUCAAAAUUAAGGGUAUAUGAGGAGAAGGUGAUAAUAGUGGGUGGUAGUCAACUAAGUCUUACUCAGAAUAGACCCAUUGAAGUUAAUGGACCUAGCUUGGUUCUGUUAAUUGGUUUCAGUGCAUCUAAAUGCCACCCAGUAUUUUUGCCUUUGCUUUCCUCUCAAAACAACAACUUGGGAACAACCAGGGGAAAGGUGAUCUUCAUUGUGAUGUAUCUGUACUGGGAUCUACCCCCCCCCGCAAAAAAAAUAAAUGAAUGAAAAUGAAACAAUCCCUGCUGUGGAGUAUGCAACACAAACAAGAAAAGGGUUGUCAUACCCUAACCAUCACAAUGUUCAGCUGAGCCUCCUCUCAAUUAGCAGCCUGUUCCAUGUGCCAGCAAGCAGUAAAACAAACAAAGCAGCAAUUGGAGGAUUCCUGCGUUUCUUCCAUCACACCCACAUUUUAAUAACAUUUCUCAAGCAGCUGCCUGCUUUCUGUUCUAUGUGGCCGGCAGGCCAAAGAAAGCAAGUGGCAGGCGUUUUUCAUGCUCCUACUCUUACGCCAACACACACGUUUCUAAAAAGCCUCUGUUGUACCUGGCUGCCAGCUGCUUCAUGUGACUGGCAGGCAGCAAAACAAACGGAGCAGCACGUGGGUCUGGAAAACCAAAACAAAAUCAGGAAAAGAGGAGGGGGGAACAGCAGCUCUUUAAGACCGCAUGCAGUCCUAUAGCUUGGUGUCCAAACAACUAACUUAUCAAUUACUGUUCUGACUUCACUCGUAGGCUAAAAACACUGACAGACAGGAGCAGCCAGGCCAUCUCAUUUCACAUCAAUUGCUUAGAAAGGCACCUGCACAUUUUGCGUCAUAGUUUUAUUUCCAGGAGGGCUAGAUAAUUACUUUAAAAUAAAUAAGGAAGGAAGGAGUUCUUGCCAGGUUGGCCAAUCCCCGGUGCACGCCGAGGAGCACAAGGAGCACCAAAAAUAAGGUGAAGGUACCUUUUCUUCUUGCGAAUAAAACAAUUAAGUUUCAUCAGAGUUCAUCAGGAUUUACUGGUAAGGAUCUGACAAGGAUCUACUAAAGUUUGGGCACUGUUCAGAAUAUAAAGAUAUUUGAUUAAUCAUGUCCCGGGUUUGUUGCAUGAGGGUUUGUUGCAUGUUUUAUCCACAUUCACUGGACACAUUCACUGACAAUAUUUUUGUCAUUUACUUUCAUUCAGCUCCACCCCUCUGAAAUAUGAUGCAUACCCUGAACUCCUCAUAGAGUCACUGAACUUAUCAAGGACUUAUCACCUUUAGCAGACAAAGGCAUGCACACACACAAUCUCUCUCUCUCUCUUUGAAUCACUUACAGCAGAAAUCUAAUCAUAUCUAUUCAGAAUAUUCAACUCCUAUUGAAUUUAGUCAGGUGUGCUCCCAGGUAAUUGAGGUUUGUAUCGCAGGCUCAAUUUCUCUCCCCUCUCAUGGAUGGUGCCUCUGUCGGAUCUUCAGCAAUUCCCUCUCUCCACUGCCGCACUAUAAUUCUGGGAAGUUCCUCGACCAUCGGGGAAUUUCCAGGGACCUCAGGAGGCUGCUGUGGCAAAAAAAUGGUGGGGACGUCAUCUUCUGUAGACCCCCUUCUGCCAGCACUUCUCAGGAUCCAACCAUCAGGUUUUCUUCAAGCCAUCAGUUAAAUUUGUACAGGAGUAAAAACGAUAGUUCUGGAUGUCCUUUGGUUUUAUAUCAGGUUUGAGGGAAGUUGGCCCAGACAGCAUGCUCAGGGUUCAUGCAUGAUGGGUGUUGUAGUCCAACAACAUCUGGAGGACCACGAGUUUCCCAUCCCUGCUUCCCAUGAUGCAUGCAUGUGACGUAGGAAGCGGCUUUCCCUCCCAUGUAUGAGAAAAGGGAGACGUCCUCUUCUGAGAUAUUACACAGACACGUAAUACGAGUGCUUAUGCAGACGAUAGUAAAUUGGAGUAUUCUUCUGGCCAAUUAUUAAAUUAUCAAACUAGCUGAUUAAGCAUUGUGGAAUUUGAGUGGCAUUUCCCCCUAAUUGGUGAGUGGGCGGGAAACAAUGGGCUGCUCUCGACUGAUCAUCUGAAGGAACAGAGUAAGGUUCUGAGCAGGACAUAUGGUGGGACCACUUACCCCCUCACCCAGCAUCAUUGCUGCUUACCUGAGCGAGGUUGGGGCAGGACGGCGAAGAGAUCAGGGGUGUGUGGCUGCGCCAGCCACGUCCCACUAGUGGUGCAGCUACACAGCCCACUCCACCCCAGUCCCAUCCAAUUAAGCAGCAGUGACACCAGUGUUGGAGGCCAACAUUGCAGUUUCAUCCUACUCCAGGUAUCACUACUGAUUUCAGGUAACAAAGAACUAUCGGAUGUGGGUAUUAUUUUGGAAGGGAAAGCAGGAUGAUCAUGCAGGGUUGGGUCCAGGUUUGAACACAUGGAAAUCAAUGAGCAUUAUUAGUUAAGAAUGCCCAACUUGACCCAAUGAUUGCAAUGGUCUACGCCUGUCUAAGGAUGCUUCCAGCAGGUGCACAGGUUGCUCAAAGAGCACAUCUGGGCUUUUGGAAACAAGAGUUUAACUUAGCAGAUUUUGCCCACAAAGAGUAAAUCUAGAUUUCAAAGGGGGGGGGGAAUAUGAGCUGGCAUUUCAAUAUGAUGUGGACUCUGGGGGGAAAGUUGCAUGCAGGAGGCACACUCUGAGUUCGGAUGUGGCACUCUGUGGCCCAGAAACGGUGCACUUAAUAGCAGCAGGAAUGCCUUUGGAUCCAGAUGCUUUUAUAUUUGUAACUUGCUGUGCUUUGCCUGUUUACAGUCGCAUUAAAAGCAACGUGGACGGCAGAUACUUGGUGGAUGGCGUCCCCUUCAGCUGCUGCAACCCGAGUUCGCCACGACCUUGUAUCCAGUACCAGGUGUCUAACAACUCAGCUCACUACAGCUAUGACUUUCAAACCGAAGAGCUCAAUCUAUGGAACCGCGGCUGCAGGGAGGCUCUGCUUAAAUACUACAGCAGCAUGAUGAGCUCCAUGGGAGUCAUUGUCCUCUUUGUCUGGCUCUUUGAGGUAAUACAUCGGCAUAGUAGUUUCGGUGUCUUGCAUAGAACCACAGUGAAAGGCCAGCCCUCCACACAGAAGAGCAAGAACGGGUGAUGGUACCAAGUGAGGGGACCCACAACAAAAUGGCGUGGUACACAAACCCUCCAACAUUUCUUUGAUGAAAAUAGGGACGUCCCAUUCCAUAAUGAUAAUUUUACUAUUUAUACCCCCCACAUCUUAUGGGGUUGCCCCAGCCCCUUCAGGCAGCUUCCGACAUAUCUGAAAACAUAUUAAAACAUUAAACAUUUUUAAAAAACCUUCCCUAAAAAAUAAAAUAUUCCCAGGAUUGCCUUCAGACAGCUUGGGGGGUCGGAUAACUCCAUUACCCUCCAACAUUUCUCCAAUGAAAAUAGGGACAUCCUAAGGAAAAGCUAGGGACGCGGGUGGCACUGUGGGUUAAACCACAGAGCCUAGGGCUUGCCUAUCAGAAGGUUGGCGGUUCGAAUCCCCGCGACAGGGUGAGCUCCCGUUGCUCAGUCCCUGCUCCUGCCAACCUAGCAGUUCGAAAGCACAUUAAAGUGCAAGUAGAUAAAUAGGUACCGCUCUGUCGGGAAGGUAAACGGCGUUUCCGUGCGCUGCUCUGGUUCGCCAGAAGCGGCUUAGUCAUGCUGGCCACAUGACCCGGAAGCUGUACACCGGCUCCCUCAGCCAAUAAAGCGAGACGUGCACCGCAACCCCAGAGUCGGCCACAACUGGACCUAAUGGUCAGGGGUCUCUUUACCUUUACCUUAAGGAAAAGCUGGACAUUCCAGGAUCAAAUCAGAAACUGGGACGUCUUCUCUAAAUCAGGGACGUCCCUGGAAAAUAGGUAGACUUGGAGGGUCCGCAUUACACUGUAAAAGGAGGUCUACUAUUCUGAGCUCCAUGCUGUUCAGGGCCUGCAGGGGAGGGGAGACAAGGAAAUCUUCCCCUGAUCUCACACAAAACAUUCCCAAUAGUACUAAAGAGCUCAGGUUUUGGGCUUGCUGAGUGCUUUACUGUUAUAUUCUGCAAGUAGGGAGGAACACUUCCUGAGAGUGGGAGAGAGAGGCCUUUAAUGCUAUGAUCCCAUCCUAUUUUUUCUUUUCCUUUCUGCCCCCCAUAAUCAAGUAAGUAAAUAAAAAUACUUAACUGACCAAUCACGUCCCAGAUAGCUCAGUUCUGCCCCCCCAUCCUUGCCCCAACAACAUAAAUUCUGGCUAUGCCCACACUCUUUGCCUUCAUUUUUAACUUUCUUCAACUUCUGACUUAGUAGUUUAUGAUGUAAAUAAAAAAGGACAAUGUUCUUAGCUUAAAUUUCUAUACAGUGGUACCUCGGGUUACAGACGCUUCAGGUUACAGAUGCUUCAGGUUACAGACUCGGCUAACCCAGAAAUAGUACCUCGGGUUAAGAACUUUGCUUCGGGAUGAGAACAGAAAUCAUGCUCCAGCAGCAUGGUGGCAGCAGGAGGCCCCAUUAGCUAAAGCGGUGCUUCAGGUUAAGAACAGUUUCAGGUUAAGAACGGACCUCCAGAAUGAAUUAAGUUCUUAACCCGAGGUACCACUGUAUUUAGCUGUGUCAACCAGGCAGUGGCCUUCUAGGAUGCUCCUCCUUGUUGGUAGAGAAGGCAGGACGACAGAUCUUGUGGACUCGUUUAAGGGAAGGAGAGUUUCCUGGCCAGGCUAGAUCAGGAAAAGAAAAGGGAACCUUUUAAGCCAGCCUUUACUAACCUGAUGACCUCUAGAUAUUUUGGACCACAACUCACAUCAUCCCUACCUUGGAUGUGUUGUCCUGGGCUUAUGGAGGUUGUAGUUCAAAAUAUCUUGAGUGCACCAGGCUGGCAAAGGCUGCUUUAAACCCAUUUCAAGGGCAGUCAAUGGAAAAACGCAGAAAGUAAAUGAGCUGCAACAACCCAUAAGAAAAUAUCCAAAAUCCAUAUUAGGGCUGUAUGAAAAGGUCAGAAAAUAGUGCAAAAGCUUUCAAGUUAAUCCAGAGAUGUUCAUCAGGCUAGAUGGUGCUAAAGGGUGUUGCUUUUAAAACCCUCAGUAGUGUUUUUCCUGAAUGGAGUGUGCCUUUGACCUCAGAUAAUGACACUUGCUUGCUUUAAUUCAGGAUAGCUAGUUUGCUGUACAAAGGAAAAAACCACAUUCAUUGCUUUGCCCAUUUUUGCCUCUGGCUCCACCCACUCUGGCAUGCCCAGAAGGGAAUGUGGUCCUCAGUCGCAAAAAGGUUCCCCAUUCCUGCCAUAGGGAUGGUCAGGCAUGAUCAAGUCUUUUACAUGUGAGUGGGCAGGGUGGAAGAUGACAGAGGCACUCCACUGUGGACUGGCGGCCUCAAGUCACAGCUCACCAUGGCAGAAGGGCAUCCCAAUAGGUACAUUGUGAUAAGACUGUGGUAUGGCAGGAGGAGUUAACAUACAGGCUAGAUUCAGAUGCCAGGAACAUUGCAGAUCUAGUCUCAGGAUGAGGGGCAGUGGUAAGUAGAAGCCGUGAGACCAUAUUCUCACAUUGGGGUAAAGGGCCGUAUCCUGCCUAACAUAAAGCAGAACCAAACUCAACAUUAUUUCCUCACUCUGUUAAUUUUUUUCAGGUUAGUUUACUUCUUUAGCAUCAGUUUCGCAUUAAUGCAGGAUUUCCCAAACUUGGGUCUCCAGCUGUUUUUGGACUACAAGUCCCAUCAUCCCUAGGUAGCCAGACCAGUAGUCAUGGAUGAUGGGAACUGUAGUCCAAAAAAAAUGGCUGGCUAACCAAGUUUGGGAAAUCCUGGUCUAACAGAAUAAGCCUUCUCAGAACUCUCUUAACUGCCCAGACACUAUUGUUCUGAAGCAGCCAUCCUCCUCUCUGAUGGUCAGCUUGGGUGACUGACUGUCUAUCAGUCUGGAACAGAAAUGGGGGCAUCCAAAAAUAAGGUAGAGGUUUCUAUAUACCUAGGUCUUUAGGUGUGCACAUUAAGUGACAUUUAAAAAAACAAAAAACCUCAAAGUGCCCUGACCGGAACUGUGAGCUUCUAGGAUUUACAGAGGAUUGAUGCUGACAGUGACAGAGGGGAACAGUUCAGGACUCAGAAAGAACCGCCAGUGGUCUGCCAUUCCCCCUCCAGCUCUGCCUGACGCCAGGGUUGGCCCUAGGAGAAAGGACAUUGGCCUACUUAAGUCCUUGGCAGGAUAUAGUAAGUAUCUUGCAGCAGGAGAUUAGGUUUGGAUGAGUGCUAUGAGGUUAACCUCCCCCACCCCUGACAGCGCCGCGCUGUGCUAUUAGCAUAAAAAGGGAAAUGAACACUUCUAAUUUCUCAUUCAUCCAUUCACCUCACCGCUGUAAAAUGCUCGUAUUCAUGGCUGACAGCUGUAUAACACAGCAGGAGAAGGCAUUGGAAUUGGGUGAAGAAGAAGAAGAAAGUGCUCUUCAUUCUUUUCCCACUCUAGACACACAUAAAAACUACACGAGAAGUCAAAAUAGAACUACAAGAAGCACUCCUCUUACCCAGUGGCAUCAUUCUCUCGGGUUCCACUUCUUAUUUUUGAAAUUCAAAGUUGAGGGCUUUGCAGCCAGGUGACAUAAUUGCAGGAGACACAAACAGGCCAGCCAGGAUGUGCAAGAGGGACCUGGUUUCUCUCAGGCUUGCAAGCAAAUCCGGCUGUGUUCUUAAAAUGGCCACUCUGGUCUGCGAGUGGCCAUUUUAAAUGUUUCAUGUUUGCAUUUUGCUUUGUAUUGGUCAGAUUCAACCAUAGAACUGCCCCACCUCACCUGGUAACUCUAACACGCAUCCAUUACAUUUUAAUCGUCAAUAAAUAAUAGUAAUCUGCCGCAUAGCUUAAUGUGAAUGCUUAUAUUUUACAAUCUAGUUGGUCUGGGAGAGGAGUGGGGGUAUUCUAGACGUGGAACUCCAAUAAUAAUAAUAAUAAUAAAUAAUAAUAAUAAUUUAUUAUUUGUACCCCACCCAUCUGGCUGGGUUUCCCCAGCCACUCUGGGUGGCUUCCAACAAAGAUUAAAAAUACAUUAAAAUGUCACACAUUAAAAACUUCCCUGAACUUCAAAUGUCUUCUGAAUGUCAGGUAGUUGUUUAUCUCUUUGACAUCUGAUGGGAAGGUGUUCAACAGGGCGGGCGCCACUUCCAACUCCCACCAUCCCUUGACAGGAGUUAUAAUGCUACAACAUCUGAAAGCCUACAGGUCCCCCACUCCUGUCCUUGACCAGAUAACCAGACACUUGAUUGUAAAAUGUCAAGAGUUCUGGUUGAUGCAAGUGCAGAAGUAUAACAUUUUCACUGAACUUCUACCACUUGCCUUCUGAGAUUUUACAAUGCAAGGGCUGUAGGAGACUCCUCAGGUGACAUCUAGCAGGACUGGCCCACCUAUGAGGCAAGGUGGGGCAACCGCCUCAGGCAGCAUGGUCCGCAGAGAUAGCUGAUCCCAGCGUCAAUCUUUGUCCCCCUCUUCUGCUUGCUGUAGAUCUCCCCUCAACCCUUCUUUUCUGGUGGGGCAUGGGGUGCCAUUUCCAGGUCCACCUCAGGUGCCAAAAUGUCUUGGGCUGGCCCUGCUAUCUAGACUAACCACCACUCUGCCCACAAAAAGCUUUCAACGUACCUGAAAAUUGCUGUUGAGAUUUCCUCUGCCAUUUUAGAGGAAGUUUAUAACCACAAACAUCUACUAGAGUAAAAUUAUUGCUGCAGGACUUGGAAGUUAUUGAAGGCAAAAACAUGUUUCUUCCCUGCAUGUGGUUGAACAAUUCAAGCACCAGAUAUGCCACACUUUUUCCAGGAUCUAAAGCAGGGUUGGGGAAGGUGCCAAUUGGACUUUCAAGCGUAGGUUCUGCCAGCUUCCUCUACUUAGGAUUGCUCUGUCCAUCCUGUGGUUCUUUGGAUCCAGGGUUUAGAUCAGGGAUGGGGAACCUGUGGAUCUCCAGAUGUUGUUGGGUCUCACUGGGGCUGAUGGGAAUUGGAGUCAAACAACAUCUGGGAUGGUCACGGGUCCAGAGCAACCCUAAAUAUAGGAAACUUGAAGAAUUUACACCAGCUUAAGUUAAACUUGCGUAAGCUUACCCCUAUUUCAAAAUCCAUUCAGGAGAAGGCCUACUGCAGAGGGGAAACAAUCCUUUUUAAAUAGUGUUUGACUUACCCUGCUUCUGGGCUGCCAGGUUAUGUGACUGAGUUGAAAGAGAUUUGGAAUAUGUAAUCAUAAUAAUUUAUUAUUUAUACCCCGCCCAUCUGGCUGGGUUUCCCCAGCCACUCUGGUUGGCUCCCAAUAGAAUAUUAAUAAUAAUUUUUAAAAAGCGACAGAACAUCAAACAUUAAAAGCUUCCCUAAACAGGGCUGCCUUCAGAUGUCUUCUAAAAGCCAGAUAGUUGUUUAUUUCCUUGACAUCUCAUGGGAAGGUGUUCCACAGGCCAGGCGCCACUACCAAGAAGGCCCCCUCUGCCUGGUUCCCUGUAACCUCACUUCUUGCAGUGAGGGAACCGCCAGAAGAUGCUUCUCCCAUUGCCCCACUCUGCCCCCACUGUGGUCCUGGAAUGACACCCCCCCCCAUUUUACUUACACCAGCUAAACCCCAAUUUGAAAACCUUUUUAUUUAGACAAGACUUUCCAGAUUUCAGCUGUUCUUCUGAUUUCCAGGUUUUGAAAGGCACACUUUAUACUGUUUCGUUGUCUGAAUGGCCUUUUGCGUAUCACUUUGACAUACUUGGAUAUGAAGGGAUUUACACAUUCUUUAAAUGUUGUUGUUUAGUUGUUUAGUCGUGUCCGACUCUUCGUGACCCCAUGGACCAGAGCACGCCAGGCACUCCUAUCUUCCACUGCCUCCCGCAGUUUGGUCAGGCUCAUGUUUGUAGCUUCGAGAACACUGUCCAACCAUCUCGUCCUCUGUCGUCCCUUUCUCCUUGUGCCCUCAAUCUUUCCCAACAUCAGGGUCUUUUCCAGGGAGUCUUCUCUUCUCAUGAGGUGGCCAAAGUAUUGGAGCCUCAACUUCACAAUCUGUCCUUCCAGUGAGCGCUCAGGGCUGAUUUCCUUAAGAAGGGAGAGGUUUGAUCUUCUUGCAGUCCAUGGGACUUUCAAGAGUCUCCUCCAGCACCAUAAUUCAAAAGCAUCAAUUCUUCGGCGAUCAGCCUUCUUUAUGGUCCUGCUCUCACUUCCAUACAUCACUACUGGGAAAACCAUAGCUUUUACUAUACGGACCUUUGUUGGCAAGGUGAUGUCUCUGCUUUUUAAGAUGCUGUCUAGGUUUGCCAUCGCCUUUCUCCCAAGGAGCAGGCGUCUUUUAAUUUCGUGACUGCUGUCACCAUUCUUUAAAUAAAGGCAUUUAAAUUCUGUUUCCCAACCAGAUGUCGGUGAUGAUAGGGUUGAGGCUGUUGCAUACUUCCCUGGAGAGCAUUGCCAAUCCAGAAGAUCCAGAAUGUGAGAGCGAAGGAUGGGUGCUGGAGAAGAGCCUGAAAGACACUUUCAAAUCCACCCUGGAAAAUUUGAAAAAUAUUGGUAAGAUGAACCAAGUGGAUGCAGGCGCAGAAGGGGCAGAAGGCGAUGGUGCAAAAACCCAAGCUGUCUCAACCGUCAGUUGA